AGAGGCAGCGUCACCACCAGCACCACCAGCACCACCAGCGUGUGGGGAGUGGGUACUGCUGCUGCUGGCCAGCUCCCUGAUCCUGCUAGACCAUCUGCCCUAGGCUCAAAGCUGCUCCACAGGCACCAUGCGGAGCGCCCUGCUGUUCGCAGCCAUUCUGGCCGUCAGCCUGGCUUACAGUUUUGGGGCUGUCUGUGAGGACUCACGGGAGCAGGUGGUGCCCGGUGGGGGCCACAACAAGAAGGACUUGGACCUCUACCAGCUGCCCCCGUCAUUGCUCCGGAAACUCUAUGACAGCCGCUCAGUCUCUCUGGAUGGAUUGCUCAAAAUGCUGAGCAAGGCUAGCGUGGAUCCUAAGGAAUUGCCACUUCCCCAGAAACGUGACAUGCACGACUUCUUUGUGGGACUUAUGGGCAAGAGGAACAACCAGCCAGACACUUCUAUUGAUGUAAACCAAGAGACUGUCUCCAGCUUUGGCACCCUGAAGUAUCCCCCCAGUGUGGAGUGAGCACUCCACUUCUGGACUUAUAGGCUGCAUCAUGAAGACACCUGUCCCCUCUCCCAACCCCCAGCUGCAUGUGCUCUAGCUCCCUUUCUCUUCCCCAGCCGUGUAACACUGCUGUGCUUUGACUCCUUCCCCAUCCCUCUACCUCACUGUGAUGGAGAAACUGCAAAGCGAGCAUCCUUAGUCCCAGUGGGCAUUGGCUGUAGAUCCCCUUGGAUAAUGUAAGUGUCCUUACACUUAAAAACAUGACAUCUCUUUCCACUCCUCAACA